GAUUGGAAUGGCAGCUAAUAUGUUGUUGUAGUUGACGUUUUUAAAUUAGAUACGAACUUUGUAUUAUCCUAGAAAAUUAAAUGGAGAUUCGGUAGUAUACAGUGGUGUACGUCAGCUGUAGGCGUGUAUUGAGUGAAUCCUUGUCUGCCAUGAUUGGUUCGAAGCGUCUAUCGGGAAGAAGUGUACAGAUUUUCGCAUAAUGUGCAACAGACACACCUUAUGUAGUAGUUUAGUGGGGAGCUGACUGACAAACAUAGUUCUGCAAUAUUUCUUUUUAUAAUUAGUGAAUCAGGAUGGUUGUGGAUCAGGUGCCUCGACAUCUGUUUCACAAGAUGCAGCCAACAGGAAUGUCACCAAAAGAGCUGUCGGAGAAUGACGAUUUGGCGACGUCAUUAGUUCUUGAUCCUCAUUUGGGUUUUGUUACUCACAAGAUGAACAUCAGGUACAGACCUUUAAAAGCAAACAAAGAAGAAUUGAAAGGAAUUAUUGAAGAGUUCAUAGUGACACAAAAUUAUGAAAAGGCAUAUAAUCGUUUAAUAUCUGGUGAAUGGAUGCCACGGAUGACACAUUUCAAGUCGAAGCAGCAGCAACUGCGCUUAGAGGAACAUAUAUAUCGCUAUUUACGAGUCUUCGACAAAGAUUCUGGUUUCAUUAUUGAGCCUUGUUAUCGAUAUUCUCUUGAAGGACAGAAAGGUGCAAAGAUAUCGGCCACAAAAAAAUGGUACAAGAAUGAAAAAAUACCAUGUUUGGUUGGUUGUAUAGCAGAACUGACAGAGGAAGAAGAAGCAAUGCUGCUACAUCCAGGAAAAAAUGAUUUUUCUGUGAUGUUCAGCUGCCGCAAGAAUUGUGCACAACUGUGGCUUGGGCCAGCAGCAUUCAUAAAUCAUGAUUGUAGAGCAAAUUGUAAGUUUGUGGCUACUGGAAGGGAUACUGCUUGUGUGAAGGUUCUUAGAGAUAUUGAAGUUGGAGAAGAAAUUACAUGUUUCUAUGGAGAGGAUUUCUUUGGAGAUGGGAAUUGCUAUUGUGAAUGCGAGACAUGUGAGAGGAGGGGAACUGGAGCAUUUGCUAAAGGAAAACCUAAUAGUGAUGAACUUAGCUCUGGUUACCGAUUGAGAGAGACUGAUAACCGUUUAAAUCGAACAAAACAUCGACAGAACCCUGUGCAAAAGCCAGAGUUUGUGGGGGAGAGAGAAUUGAUUGACAGUGCAGUCAAUAACAGGUCAUCUGCCAGCAGUGAAGCUAAAACAUCUAUUGUUGCUCCUUUAAGCAUUAAGGAACUACGGCAAAAGGGAUUAACAAAAUACGAUGCAGAACUGCUGAUUGCAGCCCAAGGAUCUAAAUUUUCAGAUAUUGAACAUGCAGUUAGCAGUGGAACACGUAGAGGAGUUGAGAAGAUGACGGCAGUGUCCACCACGCAAGAAUCUUCUGCUGCAUCUUUACCACUUGGAAAGGCCAGCACCGAACGAAUUGCGAAAGAACGUAGUGAAAGGAUAACUAGAAGGGAAGUUAUGCGUUCAGGUUGUCAUUCAUUAAAGUCUGUUCGCUCAGGUGGUUCCAGUCGAUCCCAACGGCUUUUGCGCAAAGCGCAGACCAGGUCAGAAUUAAAGACAAUGCAGUUAAAUUCUUCACAGGUUGACGAUGAUGAUGAUGAUGUUACUCUUUCAAACUUAAUUAGUCGCAGUUCAUCAUCUUUGACAGAGGAUACUCAAAAUAGUAAUAGUAAUUGCUCUAGCAAUAGCAACAGUAGCUGUAUCAGCAGUCUUAGCAGCCUUAGCAAUGACAGUGGGGUAGUUUCUGACAGUGAUGGGCAGAAAGAUUGCUGUGACAUGCAGGUAGGGGCUGAUGCACCUGAGGGCGAGACUUGCGGGAUCACCUUAAGGAAUCACAAAAGGUUGAAUGAACUUUCAGUAGAUGCUUGCCUUGUCACAGAAACAGCUGUUAGUUGUAGCAUAGAUCAUCAGGUGGAAUCUAAUUGUGUUGUAGAAUGUCAGAUGCCCGAAUCACGGCAAGAUGAAACUAUUGAGAGAAUCAGUGAAGUGACACCCGUGUCGCAUGCACCAGUCAGCAAUACUACGCAAGCUGAAUGUGAGGAUAAAAGAGCAGUGUUUGAAGUCCUUCAGGAAACUAACGAAGAAACUACAUGUGAGCCAUUGAAAGCAGUUGUUGAUAAUAAAACUGUAGAAAAUGAAAACAAAGAGUAUUCUGAUGAUGUUGUAGUGGAGGCAGAACAGUCUUUCAGUAAUAAUGAUAAUUAUAAUGAUAAUGAUAAUGAUGAUGAUGUGGAUGAUGAUUAUGAUGAAAAUAUUCCGAAUAAGAAUGAGACUGAUAGUUGUGCUGAUUCAGAUGUUGGUAUGGAAAAUGGACACACUGCAUCAUUUGAUACUGGAGCAAAUGAGAGCUUUCUUGAAGAUGAUAGCGGCCAUCAAAGUGGCCAGUCGUGUUCAACGAUAAAUGCAGAUUCCCAGUGUGAACUUCUAGGAGAACCUGCUGUUGCACCACUGUCUAAUCAAAACCUACAUUGUAGUGAGCUUCAUGUGAAUAACAGUGUGGAAAAUAAUUUUAGUUCUGUGACCCAGUACACAGAAAGGACGAAGGAUAUCUAUGAAUUUAGUGACAAAGAAGAUAGUGAUUUAGCUGAACCCCAACGUUUUUGUCGUUCUAGGUUGUUAGGAAAUUCUCUUGGUAGUAAUUCAGUUAGAUCACCAACAUUGUGUAACAGUGCUAUAGAAUGUUGGAAUAAAAGUUCUUGUGAGGUGAGAGAGACAUCAGUAAAAGUGCACCACACAGCAGACACCGAAUGUGCUCGUGAAAAUAAUAUGUCCAAACAUUCGCUAUCAUUAAGUGCACCGAUGCCACCCCCUAAACCAAGUGAGCCAGGACGUUUAAAACUAACACUGCGCAUGAAGCGUAGUCCGAUGUUGGAUGAAAUUAUAGAAUCUGGUUCAAAUUUCAGUGAUGACAGUUUUGCUCCAGAGUAUGAAAUUCUAAGGGUUGAAGGUGUAGAAAAUGAGAAUCUUAUGAGAGGGAGUCAUAAAAAUGGUUCUCAUAGAAAGAAGAGGCACAAAUCUAAGGAUAGAGAAAAGAAGCAUAGACGGUUAAAAGAACUUAUGAAUCGACAAACUUUUGACGAUAUAAACGAAGAAAAUAACAUUUUUCGAAAAAGUGAAUGCAACAACUUCUAUUCUUCUUCGAGCAAGGUGGAAACUUUCGUUCGCCCGCCCAUGAAACGCUUAAGACUGAUAUUAGGUAACGAGACUCAUACUAUUGAUAUACCAGCUACUGCCACAACAGCACCCAUUUCAAAAUCAGCUUAGUUUGAAAUUACUUGAGUUUAACGUCUUUCAUGCAAUUAAUGUAUGGCUCUGGUAGCCCUCAGUAGAGUUAUCAUUGGAGCCCAUAAUUGAAGAGUAUUUAGUAAUAUUUCAUUAGUCUGACAGUUUCAGAACAAUAUUGCAGAAGUCUAAUACUUCUAUUUUGUUGGGCUUAUUACCCUAAUUGGAAUUUCAAACUUAACAUGCAAAAACUAGUUUUGCAUUUGCCUAACAAAGCGCAAAAAGAAGAGGUUUCUGAUGUAAUUUCAUGGAGUGAUCGAAAGUUUCUACUUGUAAAUGGAUAUAUUUUUGCAUUGAAAUUCAUAAAAGAAUAUCUGUUGCCAUUAGUUGAUACAGUAAUUAUGUAAUAAUUGAUGCCUUAGACAAUUUGACUCUCGAAAAUUUGUAUUGGAGUUUGUGUUUUACAUAUUUACGUACCAUUUAUGUACAGCCACACAAAGUUUUGUGGUUGUAGAUCUUCUGUUCUUCUCAGAUGGUAAUACAUAAUGCACUUCUGAAUCUGUUCUGUCAUUUACAUAAACGUUUUGCGGCAUGUACAUGUGUGAAAUUUGAUUGAAUAAGCUACAUAAAUUAAGACAUGGUAUAACUUAGCUAGCAUUGUAAAGAAAAUGAAAAGGCAGUGUGUUUGCAAAUGCCCUUUAUAUCAUCUUCCACCUUGGUAUCAUCAUAAAUAUCUAAACACUGUGUGUAAAGUUUGAUAUUGGUCUAUAAGUUGAAAUUAAUAUUGGUUUAUAAGUUGAGAUUAAUAUUUUAAAAUGCAGUGAGUUGUAAAAUUUCUGGCAACUAAAAUAUUGAAAAUUUCGGUUCAGAGUUAACAUGAAAAGGGGAAGAUGUUUGAUUGAAGUAAUGCUUUGUUAAAAGCACUCCUCUCCCGCUUUGGCUUAUACAGUGUUUCAUUAUCAUUGUGUUUAGAAAACGAUAAACAGUAUUUGUUCUAGUAAUGAACAAUAUUGGUAAUUUUUCUAAAGUCACAGAUCAGAGUAUUGCAUUGCUUCCAAAUGGGCAAAAACACUUCUGCCUUUUGAGUAUGUCAACCUGACCAGUGUCAUUUCAUUGUUGUUGCUUAUGUAUCUUAUCUCCCCCUCCCCCAUUUUUUUCCCAGCACUCCAUUAGGUGCCUGCUGUUUAUAUGUUCACACAAUUCUCAUAGAGUUAUAAAAGUAGCAUAUAUAACAAUUGCACUGCCGUUCAUGUCAGUGGUUAUGUAGAAUUAUGUGUAAUUAUUAUGAGUGUGUCUGGUGUUACCUUAUUGUCAAAUCACCUUUUUUUUCAUUUCUGUUGUGUGAUGAAUACAGUUUCUGUUUUUGUUAAUUGAUAUAUACUUUGUUUCUAUGUUGUUUUGAGACAUGUCUAAAGAAAUAUUAGUAAGUUGCAAGUUUCAGUUGAUGAAAUAGUGCAUUAUGUUGCCUCAUGUGAAUUUCAGUCCAUGGACAUUACUGGAAAAUUCUUGUAGCAACUGUGAAACAUUGCUUUUGUGAAACACACACAUAUCCUGUUAAAUUAAUGACAUAAUAACUUUUUAAUUAUAUGAAUUCCAUCAUGUGGCAUUUUGUGUGCAAGUUAAUUACUCAUUCUUGCUUUUUCUGUACUGUUAUUCUACAAUUUUAAAGUUUUCUCUUGUAAAUGUGUAAUUAUUAUCUUUUUUAUAUUGUUACUGUAGCCUGUCUAUCUAAAGUUAGGUUAAUAUUAUUCUUGCUCAUGUUGACAUAUUAACACUGGAAUGGUGACUAAAUAUUACUAUGCUCUAGAAAUGUGCCUGACUUAAUGGACUUAGGUACUUUAAAAUUUAUAUAGAUAUGUUUUCAUAUACACAGUGGCUCAGCCUUUUUUU